AUGCAAGACAAAUAUAAAGCGCCUGUGAUAGUGUGGCUGGCGGGUGGUCCUGGAACUUCAGCACUCUUCAGCCAAUUCAUGGCACAUGGGCCGAUAAGAAUAGAAAAUGAUAGUUUCGAGCGCAGAGAACUCCACUGGGCGCUGAACCAUCAUGUGAUCUAUAUUGACAACCCUGUUGGUGCUGGGUUCAGCUUCACCAACGACUCAGAAGGAUAUUGCACUAACGAGUCUAUGGCGCCAUGGAUAUCAGAACUGCUGGAAUACUACCGAGUGCUAGUCUACAACGGGCAGUUAGACAUUAUAAUACCGUAUCCUGGCACUGUUGACUUUAUACGGCAUCUCAACUUCUCAGGGGCCGAGGAGUAUGAAAAGGCGUCGAGGAAUGUGUGGCGAGUAAACGGAGACGUAGCUGGUUAUGUGAAGCAGGCGGGAAAACUAACAGAGAUUUUGGUAAGAAACGCUGGACACAUGGUGCCCUUGGAUCAACCUGAAUGGGCACGGGAUAUGAUUACGCGUUUCACUUACAACCGAUCUUUUAUCAACUGA